CCCUCUUGCAGCUUAGAUCACUGGGAGAAGAUGGACUCUAUCCCCACAGGAGCAGAUGGCGCAGGACAGGAUGCGUGGUGGCUAAUUUUUGCUACAGGCCUCAGCUUUAGAGUGGGCAGGCACUGAAUGAGACUUCGCCCUCUCCAGGGUGACAGCUCAGACAGAACACGGUGCUGUGCCCUGAGCAGAGAGAGUAUCUGGGCCCCGGAGGAGCGGCGCCAGCCAGGACAGUAAAAGACAUUCCGACCAUGGCCUCCCCAUCAUGCUUCCACUCGGAGGAUGAGGACUCCCUGAAAGGAUGCGAGAUGUACGUGCAGAAACAUGGCAUCCAGCAGGUGCUCAAAGAAUGCAUUGUGCACCUCUGUGUUGCCAAGCCGGACCGGCCACUGCGAUUCCUCCGGGAGCACUUCGAGAAGCUGGAGAAGGAAGAAAACAGGCAGAUCCUGGCUCGGCAGAAGUCAAACUCCCAAUGUGAUUCCCACGAUGAGGAGAUUUCCCCAACACCUCCAAAUCCCGUGGUGAAGGCGCGUCGCCGGCGGGGAGGUGUGAGCGCUGAAGUCUACACUGAAGAAGAUGCCGUCUCCUACGUGAGGAAGGUCAUUCCUAAGGAUUAUAAGACCAUGACUGCACUGGCUAAGGCCAUUUCCAAGAACGUGCUCUUUUCUCACCUGGAUGACAACGAGAGAAGUGACAUAUUUGACGCCAUGUUUCCUGUCACUCACAUCGGUGGGGAAACGGUCAUUCAGCAAGGGAAUGAAGGAGAUAACUUCUAUGUGAUUGACCAAGGAGAAGUCGAUGUAUAUGUGAACGGGGAAUGGGUGACCAACAUCAGCGAGGGGGGAAGCUUCGGGGAGCUGGCCCUCAUCUACGGCACCCCUAGAGCAGCUACCGUGAAGGCCAAAACGGAUCUCAAGCUCUGGGGCAUCGACCGUGACAGCUACAGGCGCAUCCUCAUGGGAAGCACGCUGAGGAAACGCAAGAUGUAUGAGGAGUUCCUCAGCAAAGUCUCCAUCCUAGAGUCCCUGGAGAAGUGGGAACGCCUGACUGUAGCUGAUGCCCUGGAGCCUGUGCAGUUUGAAGAUGGAGAGAAAAUCGUUGUGCAGGGGGAACCUGGGGAUGACUUCUACAUUAUCACAGAGGGCACCGCUUCAGUCCUCCAGCGACGAUCCCCCAAUGAGGAGUAUGUGGAAGUGGGGCGCCUUGGACACUCUGACUACUUUGGGGAGAUUGCCCUGCUGCUGAACCGGCCACGCGCGGCCACUGUAGUGGCCCGGGGUCCCCUCAAGUGUGUGAAGUUAGAUCGGCCUCGUUUUGAGCGUGUCUUGGGCCCCUGCUCUGAGAUCCUGAAGAGAAACAUCCAGCGUUACAACAGCUUCAUCUCCCUAACUGUCUGAGCUUGUAUUGCCCCUGCACCCUUGGGGGCCUCCCCGUGUGGCCCUGUGACCCAUCCCCUAUGCCAGGGGCCUGGGAGCUGCUGGUUAGUGGCUGAGUGGGGCUGGUGCCUGGCACAGAGCCUCUCCUUUCUCUGGACUCACUUUUAGAAUAAAUAACCAUCUUGUGCUUUUUAAAACACAAAGGGCAAGCGGCAACUGCAUCCCCAGACCAGGGAAGUGACAGCUGGCUCUCCCACAGUGGCCCUGAAGCCUUAUCUUGGGGCCACCUUAUCCCCUCUCCAAGUCUUCUGGGAAUUCUCAUAUGAUCCCCAUACUUGAACUGGCCCUGUGUCCUGCCAGGUCUCAAGAGUGGGGCUACAACCACCCUUACAGCUUUCCCCCAAAGCUGAGAGUUAAUCAGAACACAGUCCCUUGUCCCUGUAAGAUUCUCUGGUCUAGCCAGGCAGUGGUGGCGCAUGCCUUUAAUCCCAGCACUUGGGAGGCAGAGACAGGUGAAUUUCUGAGUUUGAGGCCAGCCUAGUCUACAGAGUGAGUUCCAGGACAGCCAGGGCUAUACAUAGAAAACCUGUCUUGAAAAACAAGCAAACAAACAAAAAGAUUCUCUGGUCUAGGCCCAGGUAUAAAACAAAUUGUGACAAAUGGAGAUGUCCUCAAAUGAGAGCAGAGACAGAAGAUGAAAGACAUUCUUGGUCCCUGCCCACUGUUCCCAACUCUCAGAAGGACCCCUGAGGGACCCAAAUUGAUUCUAGCCUCCUAUCCAGGGACCAAGCUAUGGCCCCAGAAAGUCAGGAGGUGGUGGCUAAGCCCACUCUACUCUCAUAGCUCUUGGAAAGUUCGUUUCCUGGUAGGCUAGGCACCCUGACCUCAUGUCAGGACAGUUGGCCAAGCCUGUGACCCCUUACUGGCUGACGCCCAGAUUGGGCAGGAAGUGUGGCUGAUGGUGGGGCUUUCCAAACGUGGUGAUUCUGGGCUGAGUCCCCAUCUCCUGGAGACCAGGAGCCAUGGCUCUGUCUCCAUGGCCUGCCUAUUAGAGACCCCAAGGGACAGCAAGGAACUCCAACUUGCUGGUUAAAGCUGUAGGUUUGAGCCUUCCCAGACUCUCUGUGCAAAGCCUGAAUCCCUGUCUCCCGACUCCCAAACAUUUCUCAACCAAGUCUCUCUGCUCCCUUACAAGAGGGGAUAAUGUACUGAAACCAGACUUGACCCCACAUCCCUAAACUAUCAACAGUGGAGUGUGAUAUGAGCUAGCCAGGCCAGAGGACCACAUGAGUGUCCUCAACUGCUCAGUGUCCCCUGGGUGACCGGCAUGUCAUGAGACAGUGUGAUCAACCUUUUCUUGCCCCACUGUGCACGUCUAGGUGACCCUUCCAGCUGCCCAUCAGCUCCCCGCUGUGUGGCCUGCACUGUGGACUCUCUGUGGAUUCUGUGGCCCUGCUUCUCCAUCCCCUAUUUAUGUCACCAAGUGCUGCAUGAACUAUUAAAUGUGCAAUGAAGAAUCCUUUCCCAA